CUUACGUCAGUCGGCAAUGUUUGGAAAACGGGCCGAAGGUUAGAAAUUUGCUGUUAUCGAACAAAAAUGUUCAGAACCAUCGCUGUGUCGGCCAUCCGCCGUGCAGUGGUAACCAGUACGGCGGGCAUACGCCGCACUCCGAUACUUUCCAGCAUUGGAUCAGUGGCACCGAAGAACUUUUCGACUCUGGUUCGGAACCACGAGCUCUCGCUACGUCCUGCCGGAUCCAUCGGCAGUCUCAUUCAACCGUCGAUUGCACCCCGAUUACUUGAUGCGGUUCAAGCGUGUCCUCAGUUGCAAACUCAACCUUGCCGCACAGUGAUCAAGUUCUCGCUACGUAAAGGCAAAAGGAAGACGGUAAAGGCGGUUCUGAAACGAUUCAAGCGCCUCGACUGGGGCGGUUGGAUUCGGACCAUUUCCGGACGUCACAAGAAGCUGUGGCGAAAGAAGGCCAAUCGCAAGCGGCGUCUGCGGCAACACGUCCUCGUCAACGCUACUCAGUCCACGCUGCUGGACAAGAUGGUGACGAAGUACUGGAAGCGGCCGCGAUACUACAUAAACGACCCGUAUGCUCCGUACCACUCACGGGAAGAGUUUGUGUACACCAGACGGAGACCCUUGGCGUGAAGGGGCAAUUUUUUUUGCAGAAAACGUGCUAAGUAGUGAAACCAAAACGGCCGGUUCGAAAUAUAAUCGAUUUAUUUGCUAAUGAUCAA